GGUUAUUAUUGGAUUCUCUCCCUUAGAAAAAAGAAGAUGCUCUCAAAUCUGCAAAACUUUAUUCCAAAAUGGCCAACACCAUCCUAAUACAAAACAGCUCAAGGGACCCCUCUUGCUCUUAAAAGCAACCCCAAUAAUAUUCCCAUGAAAUGUAAACUAAUCACUCUACAGUCACUUCAUUUUCCAUCCUUUUAUGGGGAUUUCCCUAUUCCCCAUGCAUUUUGAUCGACCCAUAAAAUCAAAUGCAGAUUAUAGAAAGGGGGGCUUGUUUCUUUUCUGGGUUUUCCUUUUUUACAAUUUUCCCCCAUUCUCUUGCUGUUGUUCGAGUUCCAAUGGAGGUUUUUAGAUGCCUGUGCUCCAAAUUUCUUGUGUUUUUGUUGCUUUCUGUAGCGGCAUCUGCCACUGAUCCUUACUCUGAAGCACUUUUGAGCUUGAAAUCUGAAUUUUUUGAUGGUUUUGGCAGUUUGAGCGAUUGGACUGUGCCUUCUGGAGAAUACCCAUCUGGGAAAAUCCAUGGCUGUUCUUGGUCUGGAAUCAAGUGCGAUAAGAAUUCCUCCAUUGUUAUUGGAAUCGACCUCUCGAUGAAGAGGCUUGGUGGGGCGAUUUCUGGUGAGCAGUUUCAUGUAUUCAAAGAACUGGUUGAUCUUAAUCUGAGCCAUAAUUUUUUGUCUGGGAAGCUUCCUGUUGGAAUCUUCAAUCUCACUAAUCUUAGAAGUUUGGACAUUAGUAGAAACAAUUUUUCUGGUCCCUUUCCUUUUGGGAUUUCUGUUCUUCAAAAUUUGGUUGUUUUUGACGCUUUUAGCAAUAGCUUUUCUGGUUCAUUGCCUGUUGAUCUUUCAGAGCUUGAAAAUCUCAAGUUUCUCAACUUAGCUGGGAGCUAUUUCAAGGGACCAAUUCCAUCAGAAUAUGGUUCUUUCAAAAAACUUGAGUUCAUUCAUCUUGCUGGGAACUUUCUCAGUGGAAACUUACCCCCAGAAUUGGGCAAACUCAAAACUGUGACCCAUAUGGAAAUUGGCUACAACAGUUACCAGGGAAGUCUCCCAUGGGAAUUUGGCAACAUGAGUAACCUUCAAUAUCUUGAUAUUGCAGGUGGGAAUCUCUCUGGUCCAAUUCCAAAAGAACUGAGUAAUCUCACAAAACUUGAGUCUCUUUUCCUUUUCAAGAACCAGCUCACUGGAUUUUUGCCCGAGGAACUGAGCAGAAUCACCUCUCUGGUAGAUUUAGAUCUCUCUGAUAACCAUAUUUCUGGUUCUAUUCCAGAAAGCUUUUCAGAGUUGAAGAAUCUUAGAUUGCUCAGUCUUAUGUACAAUGAAAUGACUGGUUCUGUUCCAAAAGGCAUUGCAGAGCUUCCUUCAAUGGAGACUCUUCUCAUAUGGAGCAAUCAGUUUUCCGGGUCACUUCCAACCAACUUGGGAAGCAACAGAAAGCUUAAAUGGGUUGAUGUUUCCACUAACAAUUUUGUGGGUGCCAUCCCACCAGAUAUCUGUCUAGGAGGUGUACUUUUUAAGCUGAUCCUGUUUUCAAAUAAGUUCAGUGGUGGACUUUCCCCAUCUCUCUCGAAUUGUUCUUCUCUCAUUCGGUUGCGGUUAGAGGAUAACUCAUUUUCGGGUGAUAUCUCUCUGAAGUUUAGUCAUCUUCCUGAUAUCUCAUACAUAGAUCUCUCUAGAAACAAUUUUACUGGAGGAAUCCCUUCAGUUAUAAACAAAGCAUCCAACCUUCAAUACUUUAAUAUCUCUCAUAAUCCAAUACUAGGAGGUGAUUUUCCUGCAGAAACGUGGACUUUACCCCUUCUUCAAAACUUUUCAGCCUCUGAUUGUGCCAUAAGAGGAAACAUUCCCAAGUUUCAGCUCUGUAAAUCUAUUUCUGUUAUUGAAUUGAACGGUAACAAUCUAUCAGGAAAGGUCCCAGAAAGCAUUUCAAGUUGUCAGGCUCUUGUAAGGAUGGAUUUGUCUGAAAACAAUCUCUCAGGUCAAAUACCUGAGGAACUUGCACAUCUACCUUCUCUUAGCAUCCUUGACCUAUCCCACAACAAGUUCAAUGGAUCGAUACCCAAUAAGUUCCGGGAUUCGUUGAGCUUGCUUCUGCUAAAUAUCUCUUUCAAUGAUAUCUCUGGUUCCAUCCCUGAGAAAGAAGUGUUCCAGUCAAUGGGCAGCAGUGCAUUUUCUGGAAAUCCAAAGCUAUGUGGAGAACCGCUGCGACCGUGUUCGAGUUCUUUGGCAAUACUUGGAGGCAAAGGAAUGGGGAAGCUUAUACUUGUCCUGAUAGUGUGUGCAGGUCUAGCUAUAGUCGCUACGAUAACCAUUGCGUGGAUUUUCUUCUUCCGAAAAGGGAGCAAAGGCAAAUGGAAGAUGGUGUCAUUCACUGGACUUCCCCCAUUCACGGCUAAUGAUAUUCUUCGGAGUUUUGACUCCACUGAAUCUAAGGAAGCGAUAUCACCAUUGUCUGCUUCAAUUUUCAAAGCAGUUCUGCCCACUGGAAUCACAGUGUCUGUAAAGAAGAUAGAAUGGGAAGCAAAAAGAAUGAAGCCGAUGUCAGAUUUCAUAACCAAAUUAGGUAGUUUGAGGCACAAGAAUUUGGUCAGAUUGCUGGGAUUCUGUUACAACAAACAGAUGGUUUAUCUUUUGUAUGAUUACUUGCCCAAUGGAAAUCUUGCAGAGAAAAUUUCAGUGAAAAGGGAAUGGCAAAAUAAACUCAAACUCACGGUGGGAAUAGCAAGGGGACUCCACUUUCUUCACCAUGACUGUUAUCCUGCAAUCCCCCAUGGAGAUUUGAAGUCGACUAACAUCAUAUUUGAUGAAAAUAUGGAACCCCGUCUGGCAGAAUUCGGACUCCGAUUCCUACAACAGCUAAACGAAGAUCCAUUUUCGUCCCCGUCCAUGACGAAAGAAGCAGGCGAAUUCAACAAUGCAACAGAGGAGGAGCUGUGGAUUGAUGUUCAUAGUUUUGGGGAGAUCAUCCUGGAAAUUUUAAGCAACGGUCGCUUAACGACUGCUGGAUCGAGCACACAGAACAAAGCAAGAGAUCUUCUAUUGAGAGAAAUAUACAAAGAAAAUGGGAUUCUCUCUCCCAAUUCGUCAUCACAAGAGGAGAUAAAACAGGUGCUUGAUAUAGCUUUGCUAUGCACUAGGAGCAGGCCUUCCAACAGGCCAUCCAUGGAAGAUGUGUUAAAGCUAUUAUCAGAAGUAAAACCACAGGUAAAAUCAUAAGACUUUGAAGAAGGAACUUUCUACUUUUGGUUUCACUUUUACCCACAAAGAAAAAAAGAAUAGUAUAGAUUGUAAGUCUGUAAGUAGUAAUUUAUAGAAUUUCUGUGCAAUAUAUAUUGUUUCCAUUUCUUUGGUACUAUUAUCAGUAGUGUUUUUGGUGUAUACAAGUUUAUUUAGUUCAAAAUAUGUUGGGUGGGGAUUUGAACCUUCGACAUUUUUGUCAAGAAUUUAUACUUUUAUCCGUUGAGAUAUGUUCAAAUUGACUAUUUAUAUUAAUGUU